AUGUCUACUGUACCUCAACCCUCACCUACAGUCGUAGAACAGUCUGGAUGGUGGCCAUCGGAAAGAAGUGCUAAGUCUCGAUUCAAAGCCUUCUUCACUCGUGCAAAAUCAGAGAAGACAACGAGACAAGUCAAUACAGAGUCUCGGAAUCAGGUGCUUCAUCUUCAAUUAUGCACUUCAUCAACCAAUCUUGCGAAACGUUCUCGGAGCCAUGCUCGGUCCAAUCGAAACCUUCGCAUGUCACAACGAAAUGUAAGACAAAAUGGACCUGGGGAUAUGACAACUUGGGAUCAUCCUCCAUUGAUCCAGGCAUAUACGCAUACGAAAUUGCAUGAUAUCUUGGACACUCCUUCCACCUUCACGGAUGCUCUGUUCCGAAGCAGUCCACUACGGAGGAACAGCAUUUCAAGUGAAUCUCCCCCACGACUCAGUCUUGAUAACUCAACUUUCGGCGAAGACGGAACACUCAAGCAUAAACGGAAUUGGUCCGGUGCAAGUACCUGUUCUUUGAGUCAAAAGUUGUUCAUCUUGACCAACUCCGGUCAUAUUUUCCAAUACAGUGCUGAUGGUCUCAUUGACCGUCUACCGGAGAAGAUACUUGAACUUGGACCUGAAUCCGUGGCUUUCGCCAGCGACGCUAUUCCUGGUAAGCACUGGGUUCUACGAAUCGCUCAUGACGGAGUUUCGGAACAAAUGGCGCCUCAAACUCCCAAAAGCGCUUGGUCAAAAUUGGCCUUUCGAAGCCCCGAGAGGAAAAAGCUCGUCAAUGACCUUCUUCUGGUCUUUGACGAUGCGAUGGCCUUCCGAACUUGGCUUACGGCUGUUCGAAGAGAGAUUGAACUUCUCGGUGGUCUUGAAUAUCGUCCAGACUCAGGCGAUCCUAAUGAUGAUGAACCGCAAUAUCGACCACGUCCUCCCCUCAAAACUCAGAAGAGUCUUCCAAUCCUUCCUCAGUCUACUUUCUCCCCAACCAAACAAUCCUGUGAACCUCAUUCACCUGUUCUUCUACCACCUAUGCCACAAUGUACGACUUCUUCGCGCGAUAUCUCGAGGUCAACAACCGGUUCCUCCAUCCACACUCUGAAUGAUUUGGAUCGUCUUCGCGAGCCAUCCCUUUCCGACGAUCAUUCCAUCUCUACUGCUCAUACCAGCUUCACCAGCUCGACGCAUUCAGUGUCUCACACUGUGGAAUCUCUCCCAACCGGUGCAGAUAGCUACGAGGUUCAUCUUCUCCAGAGCACACGGUCGCGGGUAUCCACACCCACCCGAGAUGACAUUGGGGAACUAUCCAUGUAUACGGCCACGCCAAAGAAAGCUCCUACUAGGAAUCCGUUCCCUCGACGAACCACCUCGCUGGGAAAUCGUUCCGAUAUUAUCGGUCGUGGUGUUUGCGUUCAUACCCCUGCCUCCAAGGAGUCAGAUCAGUCCACCAGUCUUGAGAGAUCGGAACCAAAUUCUCGGCCAAUUUCCACCAUUGCUCCUCUUCCAGAACCUGGUCAUAUUCGGAAAACGUCUGCUCGUCAUCGAUAUGAACUCCAAUGUUUGAAUAAUCCACCACAAACUCCAACUUCCCCAAGACCUUCUAGCAUUCGAAGCACAAGUUCUUUAUACAACCAGGAUUCUCCGGUCGAAGGGACUCAGAGACGAAGAGUUUCCUAUAGCUUAUUUCCUAAGACUCCCUCAUCUGAGCAGUCCCCACUUUCUCCUCGUGAAAUGCCUUCGCCUCUAGCAACAAUGCCUGGUCCCUCCUUGGAGGGCAUGUGCAAUAUUUCGGGUACAUGUCAUUUUCCGGCGGAAUUCAUCAACGACGACAAGGCUUCUCUUGCUCGUACAAGACCAUCUUCCAAAGGUAGCCCACCAUCAUCCAAGCGACAUGGGGAAGUUCCUUCCGUUGACAUGGCAAAAUCCGAAACGGGUGACAAACCUCAAGGGUCUCCUGCUGUUGCUGAAACUCAUCUUCAAAUUUGCUGUGGUGGCAGUCCGAAUGUCCCUAGAAGAAAGGUCUCCUCAAAAAAGUCACUAUCUGCCAUUAAGACCACUACAUUUGAGUCUUCUGUUUCUACAGGAUCUACAUCUGCGGUUUCAGUCCCCAAAUUGGGCAAUCCUCCGCGCAAAAACAGUCAUGUCAAAGGACAAAAAAGUAUGCCUUCGCUGGUUCACCGUCCGAUACCCCCUUCGGGGCCGCCUCCAACAGGGCCUCUUCCCGCUUUGCCCAUCGAGGCUGGCCUCCUUUUGAAGAACGAUCUCGAAUGCCAGAAAAACAAAUUGGCAUCACUGUCGAGUGAUCCCUUGCCAGGGGCCGAGACACAAACGAAGCAUGUCAAAGCUGAAUCUACCGGACCGUCUUUUCUGUCGAGCAACCCUGUUAAAUCUAAGACCGCGAAGGAGACGUCAACAAACCAUGCACGAAACCCUUCUUCAGUUUCGUCGGUGGAAUCAGUUCGACACGUCACGGCAUGGCUAGAAUCUCCUCGGGUGGCUGCAUUUUCGGCCAAAUGCGAUACCACACCAAAGCUAAAUAUCCCUGGACCUCAUAGCCCGAAAUUUGCUUCGGGCGUUGAGACAUUGCUGUCAUGA